AUGAUGCUGUUUGACGAUUGCGACGAGGUCUCGUUAGCUGUUAGACCUGGGGCGGCUGAAGACGGACUCGAUGCCGGUAAUGGAGUCGAUGGGAUGAGGGUUGACUUGUUGUCCUCGGUAGGGGAAGUAUGGUUUGAACACUGGCGCAGCGACGACGGCGAUUCUAUCGUGAAGUCUAUGGCUUCCGGAGUCGUUGGACGGGAUGAUAGCGAUGGCGGUCCCUGGCCGGACGGGGUCGGUGUUACAUUGCAGUCGCGUGCAAUAUUACGCUGGGCUUGA